AUGGACUUCUUAUUAGCAUUGCAGUCAUUCCCACUAACACUGAAGUACCUCUUUGGCCAUAGAAAUGAGUAUACUCCAGAAUCAAACUAUGAUGAGUUUAUGCCAAUUAAUGGAGCAAUCUUUCCAUUGUAUCCUGAAACAUUUUCUCUUAACAAAGCUCACCGUUCAAUAAAACAUUGCCCAAUGAAAUUGCAAAACUGCACACAUAAAUUUAAAUCCCCAAUAAGGUGUUGCCAUCAUAAUCAGAGACGCCAUCGUUUCUUAACAAGAAGACCUUGCCAUUUAACAUCCUCACAUUGUUUUCCAAUAAGGCGUCGCUUUCUUCCACAUAAACAUCCACAAUUUAAAAGAUUCAUGAAGCCAAGGUUCCAAAUGUUCAGAGAACAUAUGCCAAGAAUUGGAAGACCAUAUCAUAUGACUUCAUGUCCAUAUCUCAAAUGGAUCGCUAAAGCUUAG